AUGCCCGCAGACGGGCUUCACCUCAAUGCUGGUAACACGGCGAGGGCCAGGUGCCGAGGAAGGCCCAGCGCGCAGCAGCACCAGGGCUGCGCUCACUGCGGUCUCCUCGCCCCAGCGGUGGCUCCCCGCUGCCCGAGGGCCCGGCUCUCCCGGGCCGGACUGUCCCUAGGAGGCCCUGCGGCACGGCGAUGCCCUGUCAACGCCUGCGUAGACGUGGUUCUGUCCGGUGUGAAGUUGUUAGAGGCGCUCGGUCUUGAACCUGGGGAUGGAAAAAAUCAUGCAGUCUUGAACUCCAGACAGGACCUGAAAGAAGCAUUCUCUCACUUCAUGGAAAAAGGGGCAGCCGCCGAGCGCUUCUUCAGCGACGCCGAGUCUUUCCAUCACAUUGCGCGGACAGCCUCCGAGUACCCUGGCGCACAGCUUUAUGUGGGAGGAAAUGCUGCUCUCAUUGGUCAGAAGCUUGCGACAAACCCAGACCUGAAGAUCCUCCUUUGUGGCCCAGUUGGUCCUAAACUCCAUGAACUACUUGAUGACAACGUGGUUGUGCCACCUGAAUCCAUGCAGGAAAGCGAUGAAUUCCAUCUUAUCUUGGAGUAUCAAGCAGGUGAAGAGUGGGGACAAGUGAGAGCACCCAGUGCCAACCGCUUUAUCUUCUCCCAUGACCUAUCAAACGGCGCCUUAAAUAUGCUGGAAGUGUUUGUGUCCAGCUUGGAUGAAUUUCAGCCAGAUCUUGUGGUACUUUCAGGACUUCACAUGAUGGAAGGCCAGAGCAAGGAGAUGCGGCAGAGACGACUUAUGGAGGCUGUGGCCUCCAUCUCUGAUAUCCCUACUGACAUUCCCAUACACCUGGAGUUGGCCAGUAUGACUGAUCAAGAUUUUAUGAGCAACAUUAUGCAUCAGGUCUUUCCCCUGGUGAACUCCAUUGGGCUGAACGAACAGGAGCUGCUGUUCCUCACGCAGUCUGCCUCUGGUCCCCACGCCUCCCUUGCUUCCUGGAGCGGAGUUCCCGACGUGGGUGUAGUCAGCGACAUCCUCUUCUGGAUCCUGAAGGAGCACGGGAAGACAGCGGACCGGGCCUCUGAUCUCACGCGGAUCCACUUCCACACGCUGGCCUAUCAUAUCCUUGUCACAGUGGAUGGGUACUGGGGUAACCAGGUUGCUGCUGUGGCUGCCGGAGCCAGAGCAGCGGGGACUCAGGCCUGUGCGACCGAAACCAUCGAUACCAGCAAAGUCUUUCUUAAAGCUCCUUUGGAGUUUGUGACCUCCCAGAUAGAAGCACCUUCCAAAAUCUCUUUAAAUCCAGAUGAGCCAGUGGUGCAUUGGCACAGAGAAGGCAUCUCAUUCCAUUUCACUCCCGUUUUGGUGUGUAAAGACCCUGUCCGGACCGUGGGACUUGGGGAUGCUAUUUCAGCUGAAGGAUUGCUAUACUCAGAAGUGUAUCCUCAAUAGAAGACUAAGACCCUCCUUUUUCUCCAGUACUGUACGGUGUCUGAGGAACCAUGGUGUUCUCGUUAGGAUUUCAGCCAGUGGUGAAAAGGAAUAGGAACAGAAUCGGGGUGUGGUGUGUUUUCUGGAUAUAACUGAAAAAGAGCCAAAGAAUAAUUCCAGGUAUAAACUGUCAGAUACAUUCCAGUCACUCGGCAGUGACUCGAACGCUUCACAUUUAGGUGUGGACGUUUUAGUAUUUAAUGUGAAAAUUGGCUUUGCUUUGUCUUAAGCAUGGGGGGAGGGAAACAAAUAUCAAAAUCCCUGUUUGGCUUAGGUUUGCCGUUUGUAACUCUGAGCGGGUCUUGUCUGUUAGUGCUGGAAAGUACGGCAGCCAGGAGAAUUUCCUGCGUGUGGAUCCCAGGGAGAGCACAGCAGUGCUCGGCCCUGUCUUGCCUCUGAUAAAUUAAAAAUAAAAGGCUCUUGCGUUAUCUCCUCACAGCACAUUGCUACGUGGCAAGAGCAAACCUUCUGCUUGCUUGGUGUGAUGAUGAAAUCUUUUACUGAUGAAAUUACCUCUCAACCUCAGUGCCCCUGGCAUUGGAGGGAGCCAGGGUCCCAAAAUGUGAUGCGCACUGUACCUACUCCUUAAAUGCACAGAGAAAACUUGACCUAAGGCUGUGUACGUUAUUUUGGGUAUCUGUUGUCUCUGUGACUAAAGGUAUUCAACUGAGCCCUAGUAGUCUGUGCUUAGUUUUUGGGCAACUAGAAGUGAAGAUAAUCAGGGUUUAUAUUUGGGGAGACAGCUUUAUUUUCUUGCCAGGUAAACCGCAAAACAUUACCUGUGUUUGCUGUACACUAAAUACCAAGAGUUCCAGCCAGGGGGGCUCACAGCUGGUGUUCUUUGCUAACGGUGGGUGCUUGUAUCUGGUAUUUUACAGAAAAGCUGUGGAGCUAUUGAGACUAAUUUUUUUUUGUUUGAGAACAGUUGUGCAAUUUUCUUCAGUUUCCCUGCCUUCCAUUCGGAAGGGUUAAUUUAUUAGGGAAGGUCCCUCCGGAGGCUCAAAAGCUGCAGCAGCGUUUUCCAGGUAAGCCUGAAGUGAGGAGGGCUUUUUUAGGGUUUGGGUUUGGGUUUGGGGUUUUUUUUUUCUUUGACUAGGUCAUUGAGAGUUUCUUUGCUCUGGACAGCCUUUGAAAUUAAAAAAAUAGAACCAUGUAUCCUUGUUAAAUAGUUUGCUUAUAUUUUUUCCUCUUCAUAGUCGCACACUAUGGAUUACAUAGCACCAGCAUUCUUUUUUGUCUCUUUCCAGCACGGUUUUGUCUCUGUCCGCUUCCAGGAACUUCAAGCGUACAUGCAUAGCUUAUCAUACACAUUUUUUUCAGUAUAACUGAAUUAAAUGCAAUCAGCAUGUCUAUGCAAGCCUGUCCUGUACCAGAAUUUGUAGGAGGAGGUCGCUUUAGGUCAGUCUUUGCAUCUGAAUGGAGGGGAGGAGAGUCCGUAUCACAGGCUGGAGUGAUCUGUUUCAGUAACGCUGUCGUAUUGCUGUCAGUGAUGUUCUCCUGUUGGAAAAUGCCAUCGUGAAUGCUCUGUAAGGAUAAAAAUUGACAGCAGUUGUAACUUGUACUGACGUAGCACACAAUGCUGUCUGUCAACAGAUAUUUAACUUCUGUUUUCCUUCUGAGCAAAGUCUUCCGUGUUGUACCAGAGGAGAAAUACAGUCAGUGCUAUGCUUUCCUGCAGCUUAUCCCAUCCCGAUCUUCCGUUGAGUCUCAACAUUUAUCCCGGUGCGGGAUCUUCUUACGACUGGAAGUAUUUCUAUCCAUAUUUUUUUUUUUUUAUUGUUAUUGAUAAAUUGUAGCAUGGGACUUGGAGUUCUGCUUUUAGUCUUCCUACAGAAAAAAUAAAAGAAAUUCUCCUUCCAUCCGUCUAAAAGGUCUGAGGCCGUUAGCAGGGUUAUUUUGCAACCUUUGAUCAUAGCCUUCUGGCACACCACCCCUGGGACCACCAAAGGGCACGCAUCCUGCCAGCUGGAGAACUGAUCCUUUGCUUACGCUAGGUCCCACUUUCCUGACACUGGGCCAAGCUGUGUGGAUUCUUGAGUUGGAAACAAAACAAAACUACAUACGCACAAGCUGUCACCAGCAACAGUCCUGCUGCUGUGUUUCACUUCUCUCUUCCAAAAACAUUUGCGGGGAUGCGAGGCUGAUUGGACUGGCAUCGCCUUAUGGCCAUUUAAAAAUCACAUAACUGCACUAACAGAACUUGUCCGAGGGUAAGUUAUGCUUGGAUUUAACAGCAGUGUCACAGGCCUAAAUUAUCGCGCCUUUUUUUUUUUUUAACUACUUUGAGAAAAUAACUGCUGUAAACAAGUAUGAAAAAAAGGGGUUUAUUGCUUAGAAUUCAUCUGGGCCUAAAAGCUAAACUAAUUAGUAGUAUUAUUAUUAACUCCUCCUUCCUGCUGCUCCUGUUCUUUCUCACCAGGUAGUA